UCAUUUUAUAGUCGUUGGGAAUACAUACGGUGAAUAUCACGAGUUGGCAAUCGGAAUAUAGUAAUGAAGUUUUCAAAAGUUCAUCUAAUCAUUUUUUGUUCCCUGACUAUUGGGCUCCUUGUGUUAUGUUUGACUGAAAUCAGGAUGCGUGAAAGAACUUCUGAGAACACCACACGUUCUCGUAUUACAAAUACAAAUGCAGGACAUAGUGUAUCAUACAAACAAUUAAACAUUGAAAAACUUGAACCUGAGUAUCACUUUAGGAAAAAUUACUAUCUUAAAAGAACUAAAGAUAUCGAGAGCAAGGAUCACCUGGUGGAACAUUUAUUGGGAAGGAAAGUGAAUUGCUCAACAUUUCCCCGCCAAGUACUGAUAGAUUUAGGCGCCAAGACGUUCGAAUCCAGCGUUGGCUGGUUCAUUGAAAACUAUCCAUGCAAUUUCAAGGAAAUUUACGCUUUUGAAGUAAAAAGAAACCUGUUUUGCAUACCAGAAAAGGAAAAGAGCCGAGUCAGACUAUACGAAACAUUCGUUGGGGUAGAAUCGUCAACAACAAAGACAGAUAUUGCUGAUUUCAUUGUUAACAAAUUAGGGAUUAAAUCAGACGAUUUCUUGGUCAUUAAGAUGGAUAUUGAAGGUUCGGAAUACAGAGUUCUCGACUAUUUGAAGAAAAGAGGAACAUGGCCGCUGAUAGAUGAAUUAUUUGUCGAGAUUCACUAUAAACAUCCAUACAUGAAAAAAUCGGGCUGGGAUGCUUUUAAAGAAUAUUCUUUAGAAGACGCCAAUAAUUUCUUUGUUGAACUCAGAAACCAUGGCAUAUAUGCCCAUCCAUGGCCAUAAACUA